AUGGUUACAGGAGCACUGUGCACCAUCUCUCCCUGUACACCACCAUCCCUCCCAACCCCAACCACCAUCCCUCCAAGCCCCUACCACCAUCCCACCCAGCCUCCUCCACCAUCCCACCCAGCUCCCACCACCAUCCCUCCCAGCCCCUACCACCAUCCCACCCAGCCUCCACCACCAUCCCACCCAGCCUCCACCACCAUCCCACCCAGCCCCCACCACCAUCCCACCCAGCCCCCACCACCAUCCCACCCAGCCUCCACCACCAUCCCUCCCAGCCCCUACCACCAUCCCACCCAGCCCCCACCACCAUCCCACCCAGCCUCCAACACCCACUUUCCAGCCUCCUCCACCAUCCCACCCAGCCCCAACCACUAUCCCACCCAGCCCCCACCACCAUCCCACCCAGCCUCCACCACCCACCUUCCAGCCCCCACCACCAUCCCACCCAGCCCCCACCACCAUCCCUCCCAGCCCCUACCACCAUCCCACCCAGCCCCCUCCACCAUCCCACCCAGCCCCCACCACCAUCCCACCCAGCCUCCACCACCCACCUUCCAGCCCCCUCCACCAUCCCACCCAGCCACCACCAUCCCACCCAGCCCCUACCACCAUCCCACCCAGCCCCCAACACCAUCCCACCCAGCCUCCACCAUCCACCUUCCAGCCACCUCCACCAAGCCACCCAUCCCCCACCACCAUCCCUCCCAGCCCCCACCACCAUCCCACCCAGCCCCCACCACCAUCCCUCCCACCCCCCACCUCCCAUCUCCCUUCUCUCUCCAGGUCCCCAGCCGGCAGGCUCACUCAGAGUAUGAGCACAAGGGCAGCCGUCAGCACUCUGAAGUGCCACAAACAUUUUCCCAAGGCGGUGUGAAUGAGAUCAUUGUCCUUCACCGUAACGCUGCAAGUGGAAGAGGACAGGAGGGAACGGGAGGGACGCGAGGAGAAGUGAGUCGAGAGAGGAGCAAGGAGGGGUAG